GAGCAGUACGUGUUCGUUCAUGAUGCCAUCUUGGAGGCGUGUCUAUGUGGGAAUACAGCCAUACCAGUGUGUGAGUUCAGAGCCAUUUACUACAACAUCAGCAGACUGGACCCACAGACCAACUCCAGCCAGAUGAAAGAUGAGUUCCAGACUCUGAACAUCGUGACCCCCAGAGUGCGUCCAGAGGACUGCAGUGUUGGCUUGCUACCCAGGAACCACGACAAGAACCGCAGUAUGGACGUUCUAUCAGCAGACCGAUGCCUGCCUUUCCUCAUAUCUGUGGACGGAGAGAGCUCCAAUUACAUCAACGCUGCGUUAAUGGACAGCCACAAACAGCCAGCGGCCUUCAUUGUUACCCAGCAUCCUUUGCCAAACACCAUGGGCGACUUCUGGAGGCUGGUGUUCGACUACAAUUGCUCAUCCAUCGUAAUGCUCAAUGAGAUGGACGCAGCGCAGUUAUGUAUGCAGUACUGGCCAGAAAAGAGCUCAUGUUGCUACGGUCCCAUUCAAGUGGAAUUCAUAUCAGCAGACAUUGAUGAAGACAUCAUCAACCGAAUCUUCAGGAUCUGCAACAUGGCCAGGCCUCAGGACGGUUACCGCCUGGUGCAGCACUUUCAGUUCAUUGGCUGGCCAGCCUACAGGGACACGCCUCUCUCCAAACGCUCCAUCCUCCAAUUGGUGAGAAGGCUCGCAAAGUGGCAAGAGCAGUAUGACGGAGGAGACGGCAGGACGGUGGUGCAUUGCCUCUGCUGCCCCACAUUCUCCUUUAACCCGGUUGUGACCGAGGAGAAAUCUGGGCUGUGGCUGACAGAGCACACCCUGCUGCGCUUACCUCGCCAAAAGUGUGCUCAAAAAACAGUGCCGGGGGACCCCCCCCCACCCACAGACGGAUGGGGAGAGCCCCCUCGGCCCCGAAUGGGCUUACUACACGCCUUGUGUCCUAAACAUCCCUCCCCCCCCAACACCCAGUCAAACGUAAACUGGGGGAGGUGCCUGCACUACGCGGAAGCGGAGAAGGGCCCGGGAGACUCCCAGGCCUACCGGCUACCCGCGCGACCCCGGGAAUGUCGGGAGGUGUGA